ACAAAGUGCACUUUCUCCUCACCGACUUCAUUCCGUCGAAUGCUUUAUCGCGUUUUCCUUUAUUAUCCUGCACGAAACUCGAUGCGCUUGUUUACGAGCAUCCUGCAUGUCCUGCAGCCGGUCAAAUGCAGGAGUACAAUUUCUCCACCGUUAACCAAUCAUUCGAUACCGCUUUCACAUUAUGGGCCACCGCGACAUUCGUCGUUAGUUUCAUCGGAAGCUUUUUCUCUUGCUUAGUAUUCUUAUCCAUUGUUUGUCAGCCGAAACUCCGUACCGGCAGCGGUGCGUUGAUUGGACACGUGUUAAUUUUACGCUUCCUAACAUGUGCCAUACAUUUCCCCCUUUUUUGUGUUCAAGCUUGUCUUGCCCAUGCCGGCGUGUAUUUAACCGUGGACUGUGAUGCGUUCGCCGUGGCUUUUAUCGGUUUUCUGCAUGUAGAGCACUGGACGGACUGUUUUCUGUCCAUUAACCGCUUAAUCGCCAUUCUGUAUCCGCAUCGUUACGCCGUGUGGCGGUCGAAGAAUGUCGUCGGCAGUAUGAUCGUCGUUGCCUGGAUUUUGGGCUUGUGCUCGACGGUGCCGUUUUUUUACGGAUUUGGACUGGAAUUUCGCAUUGCCAAUCUAGGCAGCUGUGAACCGCAUGUCACAGACACAGGACAGGCUUUGAUUCUGCUGAUUCUCGGAGCCUUUUUACCGGUGGGGAUUCGUGGUAUUUUGCACACGGUGAUCUGCGUCCGCACCACUACCUGUGCGCGCUCCCAGUGGGAACCGGUACAGGCGGAUCAUAAUAAUCACAGUAUGACGCGGACGGCCAAGCGCAGUGUUGUCGUGGCGCGGAUGCUGUUUGCCUCGUUCAUUUGGUAUGCAUUAUGCCUAUUACCGAUUCCGGUGGUGUUGACCGGCUUUCAGCACGUCUUUGACGAGAAUAUCAUCGUGCGAUUCUGGCUGCAUUUCCUCAUAUUAUGCGGGAAUGCCGCAGAUCCGAUAAUCUUCCUGUUGAUGAAUGGUGACUACCGCACCGGAGUGACGCGAACAAUUUCGACAGCGUUUUCCUAGAUGUGGAGCAUUUACUAUGCAUUUUGUGGUUUUAUACAAGCUGACUAACGCUUAUGUAGAGUAUCGCAAAAUUUUGGAUGUAUAAGCACAUUUCGAUGAUCGUUAUACUCCGUCCUUUUGUGAGAGCUCUGUUUGAUUUUACUGCGAUACUUUUAAAGCUCGUGAUGUACAUGGUUGACAGUGGUUUCUAUAUCUGUAC